CAUAGAUCCUUUAAAUAUAUUUAACGUACAUGUAAUUUCGCUAGCUUACUAUGUUUAAACUAGCUAGCGAGUUUAACACGCUUAAAUUGUCUUAUGCCAAUAGUGGAUAUCACAUACAAAAGGGAAAUUGUUUGUAUAUAUUACUUGCUAGUGCUACGGGGUAAACAGAAAACACGAUGGCAUCAUAUGGAAGACAGAUUAAAAGAGCCAAAUAUAAGAUGAAGCGUAAUAGGCCGGUUUCAUCCGAUGCAAAAACUUCGCUUGAAGGAGGCUUUUCUUUCACCAUGCCUUUUAAAUCACCAACAUUUGAAACAGAAAUGUCGUCUACAGUUGGAAUAAGCCUAGUUCCAUACGCGGCAACAGAUGUCAUAAUUAAAGACCUAACCUCACAAACUAUUAACACACGCUUGCAAGUCAUUAGUGGAAUGGACCAAUUCAAACUCUACAGUCUUGAGGAGCUGCGUUACUUCGAUGGUCGUUUGAUGGAAACAACGGCGGUAGUCGGACCAAACACGAUAGGUAAAAAUCAACAAUUUAUAUAUCCCCAAGGUACAGAAGAAGAAGAAGUCUUAGGAGAGAAACAGACAUUAACAACUAAGCACAUGUGUAUUACAGCUAUUAAGAAAUAUGAGGAUUUUAGUUUAGAGGAAUUGCGGUAUGCAGAUGGCGUUGUGCAACAAUUGUUUAAACACGAGCGUCAUAAUUAUUUAAAGAAAGAAUCAACACAAACGGAUACUUCAGGAUGGCCUUAUCCUGUCAAAGAACUCCCUUUUGGAUUUAUAGGCGUGCAAAAACAUUCAACAGUAAGUCAGAAAUGUGUCGAUGAUAAAACCAAACAGAAGCAAACAAUCGCCGAGAAAAGUUCGGAUGAUUUGUCUAGAUAUUCGCCUAAAAACUCGGAAAUUACUAAUUUACAAGAAUGCAACAAUCCAGGGGAUGAAACAGAACACAAGACGAAAAACGUUACAGAUGCAUCGUUAGUAUUUUCUGUAAAACCUGCACCUUCGGGUUUAUCUUCAAUUGCGACUUUGGAGAGGGUAGCGUCCGACACAGUUUUAAACAUGAUAAACAGUUUGUCUGUUGAACCUAUUAAGGAUGGCGCCAGCUCUUCUACAGAUCAUAACUUGAAUACCAUAGCAGCAAGUACGUUACAGUUUGAUCGGCAGACAACAACAUCAUUUUCUGGUUCGGAAGCUGUCCUAUUGACAAGCAUUUCGUCAGCAGAGUGUUCGUCCUUUCAAUGUAACUCAUUGCCAUCAUCCGAUGGAGCAACCCAUAUCUCGCCUGAAGAACCAGGAUUGUUUUCAAAACGUUUUGCAACAGAUGAACCGUUUUCAUUUAAAUGUGUACCAUACUUCAGUGAAGCUAUGUUGAGGAGCCCUGAUCAAACGUUUACAGUAAACACUUCGUCACUAGCAAAUCCCGGUAUAACCCAGUUAAUAUCCAAUCCUGUUUUUAUUCCAACACUUGCAACAUGUGCACCGUUUUCAUUUAAAAGUGUACCAAAGUUCAGUAAAACAAAUUUUAUGAGCCCAGAUAAAACGCUUACAUUGGACAAUUCGUCAUUAGCAACUACAAGGACAACAUCGUCGUUAUCCAAUCCUGUUUCCAUUCCGACACUUGCAACAGACGCACAGUUUUCAUUCAAAUGUGAACCAAAGUUCGGCGAAGCAAGUUUGAGGAAUCCGGAUAAAACGUUUACAUUCGACAGUUCGUCAUCAGCAACUACAAGGAGAAUCCAGUCGCUUUCCAAUCCUGGUUCCACCCAAACAACUGUGCCUGUCACAUCGAGUCAAUGCCAAACUGCUUCAUUAGACAAUAACAAUGCUAUUUCUUCCAUUGCACCUGUUCAAGUAACAGUCAAAGAAACAUACGCAAAGAAACCGGAUGUAUUGGAGCUGUUUGUUGGCGGCACACACAGAUAUACGACAUUGCUGUCAACUAUGACACAGGCAAAGGCAGGUUUUCUUGCAGACAUAUUCUUUGGAAAAGGAAACGUGCCUCUACAUGUCCUGAAAGAUGGAUCUUUCUUCCUUGACACCGAUGGAGAAUCAUUCAAACUGAUUAUUGAAUACUUACGUGACGGCCGACUGCCGGAUAUGGACGUAGCUUCUACGAAAGGCACUUCAAGGUGUGUGGAAUUGUUACUGAAAUCUUUCCAAACCGCUCGAAAGUACGGGUUACAUGAAUAUCUGCACGACCUUGACCAAUAUGUCCAUAUUCAGCGUUUCAAAGAACUUGAAGCAAACAAAAAUAUUGUCGAGUUCUAUGCAAAACAGAUUUUAUGGGCGCUCAAUAAAACUGACCUUGAACAAAAUGGCAAGUUCGCAAUCCUGUUGAAGUCAACUAAAACGACUGUAAUCUCUGCUGCGUGCUGUAAACAUGUGUGUCAGUUUGCUCCUGUUGAUACUGUUGUUUACCUAACAAGGGACUUUAGCUUGCGAAUCUUGAGUUUGUUGUGUCAGCGUCUCCGUUGCCUUGGUUAUAACGUCUCUACGAAUGAAGAAAGUUGUGUGUUUAGAUGUUCUACACACGAGGAAGGAGACGCCGGUAGAAAGGAAUGCACAAGCAGGCGUCAUUUGUUGACGUGGUUUUGUCCGCUUUAAAAUAAAGAAACCCUGUUGGAUUGCAUUAGAUUUAUUAAGUACUAACAGAGCUUGCUAACGUUUAUCGUAUACCAGUGAACUGUUUAAUCAUAAAUUACUCGAUUGUUUUGUUUCCUGUACACGCGGGUUUGUUCGUAAUUUUGGUUUAUGAAAACUUGUCAGAACGUGAAUGGCAUGGGUUCCUUAUGUAACAUGUUUAGUUCUAGUUAUUGUGUGUGUGUUUUCUAUCAAAUGCUUUGAUUGGUAUUUUAUAUUGGAAUGAAUUAGUUUUGUUUUAUUUUGAGUUGUUCUGUGUUUUGUUUUCAUAAAAUUAAUAUCAUAUUUUUUACAAAAGAACAACGCAAUAGGUUUGUGUACUUAGUGUGUACGCAUUUUAGACAUCAUUUUUCAGUUUUUAAGAAAGAUGCAUAGAAUAUAUUGUAAUACAAACAUUGCAACCGUUUUGAAAUAAUAUGAUUUAGAACAAAGUAUGCAUGCGCUUUUAAAGGGGCCUUUUCACAGAUUUUGGCAUGUAUGGAAGUUUGUCAUUAAAUGCGUUAUAUUGAUAAAUUUAAACAUUGGACUUAAAACUAUCUUUAACAAAAAACAAUAAUACAAUUUAAAAAAUAUAUAUAAAAUAACCCACAACAGAGCUCGAACCACUGACCCGUGGAGUCCUGGAGGAAAAUGUCUUCCGCUUAGACCACUCGGCCAUCCGUGCUCAUGCUAUGAGGGGAUGUAUUUUUUUAAUAUAUAUAGUAGGCAAUCCUCGUAGUUUCACAAACUUUAACGACAACAGAACUUUCCAAAUUAUUCAAUCGUUUCGCGUUUUCAAAUCGUCAAAAGAUGCAUAUAAUAGAUAUUAUAGAGCAUUGUUAAUGUUCAGUAUUACUAUUUCCUAACAAAUAUCAUAACUUAAACGAAAAUUUGCGAAUCUUAAACAACUUUUUUUUUAUUUCGUCAAUUUACCAAAACGUGAAAACGCCCCUUUAAGAGAAAAGCAAUUCAUUCUAAUCAUCAUUACAUUUUCUUGACUACACAAUCUUUAAAUGAAUAAGGGUCUUAAUGACAAUGUCCAAGUUGUAUACAGUCAUUUAAAAACUAGUACAAUAAAUAAGAUUACCGCGU